AUUUGCAUAUACUGCCAACUCCGUGGCUUCCACUUUUACCAGCAAGAAGAGAAAGGAGGGUAUCAAAAUCUCUCAAAAGUUUUUUAAUUUUGAUCCCUUUUUAUAUUACUUACAAAACACUGUGGGUUUGCAAAAUUUGUUCUUUGCCACAAUUCUCUUAAUUUAGAGUCGGAGUUCUAGCUUCUUUGCUUCAUUGCUUUCUGACCCGUCUGAUAACAAUAAUGGCUGCUGCUGUUUUACAUCAAUAUGUUGGCCCCAUUCAGCUCUAUGAUAAUAAUUGUCGCAAGGAUUCUACGUCUCUCAAUAUAUUUGGAAGUUCAUCACUGAAAUUUACCACAAAGGAUUUUGCAGUUGAUAUUGGAUUCUGCAGAAAAGGAAGUUCUAACUCUAAACAGCGUAGAUUGUACAUAGUUCAUUCAUCAAAUUCUCAUACUUCUGGGGUGGAUCAUGCCAUAUCUACCUAUGGUACCACUGACGAUUCCCAACACAGAUCAAUUGAGUCUGCUUUAAUUAUAAUUCGACAUGGUGAGUCUUUCUGGAAUGAGAGGAACUUAUUCACUGGCUCUGUUGAUGUGCCUUUAACGAAGAGAGGUGUAGAUGAAGCAAUUGAAGCAGGCAAAAGAAUUUGCAAUAUACCAGUGGACAUGAUUUACACAUCUGCACUCAUUCGUGCACAGAUGACAGCUAUGCUUGCAAUGACUCAACACCGCUGCAAGAAGGUGCCCAUCAUCAUUCAUAAUGAGAGUGAGCAGGCAAAAGCUAGCACUCAAAUUUCCAGUGAAGAGACCAAAAAUCAGUCAGUUCCAGUUAUAACAGCUUGGCAAUUAAAUGAAAGAAUUUAUGGGGAAUUACAAGGUCUAAACAAGCAGGAGAUAAAAGAGAGAUAUGGGGAGGAGCAAGUCCAUAAGUGGCGUCGAAGUUAUGAUAUUUCUCCCCCUUGUGGUGAGAGCUUGGAGAUGUGUUCUCAAAGAGCUGUUGCAUAUUUUAGAGAACAUAUUGAACCUCAUCUUCUGUCUGGAAAGCAUGUGAUGGUUGCUGCCCAUGCAAAUACUCUGAGGUCGAUAAUUAUGUAUCUUGACAAAUUAUCUUCUCGUGAGGUUAUGAGCUUAGAGAUAUCAACUGGGAUCCCACUUCUUUAUAUAUAUAAAGAGGGAAAGUUUAUGAAGAGGGGAAGUCCUAUUGGACCUACAGAGGCUGGUGUUUAUGCUUAUACCGAGAACUUAGCAAUUUACAGGAAGGGAUUGGAUGAAAUCCAGCAUUGAACUUUUUAUAAAUGGCAGGUGAUCUACUUGUUUUGGUUUUGGCGGGGGAUUGAGUUCUGAAAACAUGAUCAAGGAGCCAAAUUCCUUGGAGCAGUGUCAACACGGCUCACAUCAGAUCCUUUCUAAAAAAAUUUCACAAGAUUUGUUUCGGGUACAUAUAGCCAUUGACCAAUUGAUAUGUAAGAUACAUUAAGUAUUAUGGUGUAUUUAAAUAAAUAGUCACUAGUUCGGCAACAUACACGAUUACAAAUGGAAAAACAAACACACACACACAAGGGGAAAAAAAAAAAAAAAAAAAAGAA